AUGAAGUUGAAUCCUUCUAAAUGCGCCUUUGGCGUAAGUGCUGAAAAAUUCCUGAGAUUUAUGGUCAGCCAAAAGGGGAUAGAAGUUAGCCCAGAUCAAGUGAAGGCAGUCAUGGAAACACCACCCCCCAAGAGCAAAAAGGAAUUACAGCUCCUCACAGGCAAGCUCGUCGCACUAGGACGCUUUAUAGCCCGUUUCACUGAUGAACUACGACCCUUCUUCUUGGUAAUUCGAAAAGGUGGAGCGAGCGGAUGGACAAACAGUUGUCAGAGCGCUUUUGAAAAAAUUAAACAUUGCCUCAUGCAACCGCCCAUCCUGAGUAGCCCCCUUCCUGAAGAAAAAUUGUAUAUGUAUCUGGUUGUAUCGGAGUGGGCAAUUAGCGUUGUUCUAUUCCGUUGCCCCUCGCCCAAGGAGCAGAAACCUAUUUACUAUGUUAGCAGAGUGUUGGCGGACGUAAAAACUAGGUAUUCAAAGAUGGAGCUAACAGCCUUGGCUCUUCGAAGUGCAGCCCAGAAGCUCCACCCCUACUUCCAAGCCCACCCGGUGGUCGUGCUAACUGACCAACCCCUUCGCAACAUCCUGCACAAACUGGACUUAACCAGAAGAAUGCUUCAAUGGACCAUAGAGUUGAGCGAAUAUGGAAUCGAGUUCCAACCCAGGUUAUCCAUGAAAGGCCAAUUGAUGGCUGAUUUCGUGCUGGAAUACUCCCGAAAGCCUAUUCAGUGCAAGGAACCAAGUGAAAAAGAGUGGUGGACUUUGCGGGUCGAUGGGGCCUCCCGGUCAUCAGGAUCCGGAGUAGGACUCCUAUUGCAAUCCCCAACAGGAAAACAUCUGGAGCAAGCCAUCCGACUGGGGUUCCCCACCUCUAACAAUGAAGCGGAGUAUGAGGCCAUCCUAUCCGGAUUGGACCUCGCCAUGGCUCUAUCCGUCUCCAGGCUCUGGGUCUAUAGUGAUUCCCAACUCGUGGUAAGGCACGUCCAGAAGGAAUACGAAGCUAAAAAUGCGCGCAUGGCGCGAUAUCUGACUAAAGUAAGGGACACCUUACAACGGUUCACCGAAUGGACAAUCGAAAAAAUUAAACGAACUGAAAAUGGACGUGCCGACGCCCUGGCAGGCAUAGCUGCUUCCCUCCCCAUCAAAGAAGUCAUAUUAUUGCCUAUACAUGUGCAAACCAACCCUUCCGUCGUGAAAGCCUCCACUUGCAAUAUCAUUGAGGCAAGCCAAGCAGACGGCCAAGAGUGGACGGAAGACAUUAUAAGGUACCUCCGGACAGGCACUCUGCCCGAAGAGCCCAAGCAGGCACACAAGAUCCGGGUGCAAGCUGCCCGUUUCACCAUGAUCGGGGGGCACUUGUACAAGCGGUCCUUUACAAGUCUCUAUCUCAGGGCCCAUUCGCAAGGGUAUUACUGGCCCACGAUGAAAAAGGAUGCGACAGCCUAUGUCAAAGAAUGUGACAAAUGUCAAAAGCAUGUCCUCAUACCACAUGUGCCGUCGGAGACGUUGAAGCCAAUUUCAGGCCCCUGGCCCUUCGCGCAGUGGGGCAUGGACAUAGUAGGACCCCUACCAGCCGCAGCUGCCUAG